GCCGUUGCGGUGCCCGUCCGCCCGCCUCUCUUCCGCAGUGAGAGCGGGCGGUGGGGCCCGGCCUGGUCCGGAGUUCCUCCCGCGGCCCCGGGGGCGUUUGCGGGCCGUGGGGCACUGCGGAGCCAGGGGUCUGCGUAGGGCCGGCUGCCCUCGCUCGGCACGUCGAUCCGGGGCGACGAGGGGGCAGGCGGCCGAAAAAUGGAUGAUGAUGAUGAUGACGUUCCCCAGCUUUCAUCCCACACAUUGGCUGCCCUCCAGGAGUUCUAUUUGGAACAGCAGCAGAGAGAGGGCAUGAAGACCUCCCAAGGGUUUAAUCAAUAUUCUGUUGGCUCAAUAGAAGAAGACUGGCAACUGAGCCAGUUUUGGUACAGUGAUGAGACUGCAUCAUGCCUGGCUAAUGAAGCGAUUGUGGCAGCUGGAAAAGGUGGCAGGAUAGCCUGUGUCAGUGCACCAAGUGUGUACCAGAAGCUGAAAGAACAGGACGGCACAGAUUUUUCUGUGUGUAUCCUGGAGUAUGACAGAAGGUUUUCUGUGUACGGAGAAGAAUUUAUCUUCUAUGAUUACAACAAGCCUUUGAACUUACCUGAAAAUCUCCUGCCGCACAGUUUUGACAUUGUAGUAGCAGAUCCACCCUAUCUGUCCGAGGAAUGUCUUCAAAAAACUGCAGAGACCAUCAAAUACUUAACAAAAGGAAAGAUUCUGCUUUGCACAGGUGCAAUCAUGGAGGAACAGGCAGCACAGCAUCUUGGUGUGAAGAUAUGCAAGUUUAUUCCAAAACACUCUCGAAAUUUAGCUAAUGAAUUUCGAUGCUAUGUGAACUAUGCUUCUGGACUGGACUGAUUCUCAGGAGAAGAUCUAAAACUUUCUCAGAAGAUCUGCAACUUUCUCAAUCAAGUUACUUUGUAUUUUUUUUCUCAGUGACUCCACAGUGCUGAAACAUUCAGCUCCGAGCAGUAUUUUCUGGGCUAGACUUAAUCAACGCAGGGCGAUUGUCUUUCUCUUUUAAAUGUGUAAGCAUUUGCAAGUGUCGUUUACCUAACUUGUUAGGUAAGCAGGGACCCAAACAAAGUAGGUUCUGGAUAACGGGAACUUCUUUGUUAGAGUUCCUUUCCAACCAGUAGUUGUUACCAUUGAAGUACUUUCCAGUGACCUCUCUGAAUUGAUUUCAGCUGCUUGGCCUCUAACACCACUUAGGUGCUUGCCUCACAGACAUCAGAACUGUCAGCUGUGUGUCAGUCAUGUGUCAACCCGAUGACUGAAAGAGCAUGAAUAUUGGUCUCCUUUCACCUUUGAGAGCUGUUUGUUCUGAACACAACGUGUUUUCAGAUUCAUUAUCCAGCAGGCUGAUAUAUUUAUAAGAAUAACUAAAGAGAAAACACAUCUCCUGCGUAGGUCUCUUCAGUUGCUUUGUAUAAUAAUCAAAGAUUUGCCAAGUAAGAUAAGACCUACUAUCUGUUAGUGUUGCUAUAGUGGCUUGAAAAAAAAAUAGUGUGGUGAUUGUUUCACCUUUUAUAAAGGUUUUUCAAAAACCCAGACUUUGUUUUUGUAGAUCUAUUUUGUCUUCAAUGAUCACCAUGUAAACUUGUGUAUGUGUGCCAUACUUGAAAAAAGUAAUGUGUUAAACAUCUCUUUGCAGAGGUACGGUGCAUUUAUUUUGCAAUACAGAAUAAACACGAGCAACAAAAACUGAUGAACUUUAAAAACAAAUAAAAACCCAGCUAGACUUUCUAGCUAAGCGUA